AAUAUCAAAUUGGCGCAGUUGCCGGGGAACUAGUAGAUUUAUCAUUAGGAUUUCAAUCUUUCUUGAGACUAAGCUUUAUUUUCUUGCUUUGUUUUGCUUUUGUACAGUUACUAACCUUUUCUUCUAGCUUUUGUUAUUUGUAGAGAUGGCUUCAAGUUACCAUGGGGAGCCACAAGAAGAGGAAGACACAUUUGAAUAUCACAUUCAAGAUGACUUUGAUGCAAGUAUACUCACACCAGCACAACUUGUGAUGUUAUAUGAGCUUCAGAAGGAGUACCCAGGUUCGGCAAAGACAUCCCUAGCACGAAGGAUCCGGUUGGAGCUUAUUAAGGAUCGAGCAGAGCUUGAAGGAAGGGAGGUUACAAAGUAUGAGUUUAAUGUUGCCUAUGACCUUAAAGAGGUAAUGGAUUGGGCUCCACCACUCCAGCUGGAAGGUUGGGUCUAUCUCUAGAUAAGAGAAGUCUUCAUUUCCACUUCAGCCCAUGUCUACCAGCGAAACAAAUCUGAGGCCAAGGGUCCUCUACCACCCAAUUCAGCUUAUAACUCCAAGUAUGUCCACUCCAACCUUGUGCAUAUUUAGUUAUCAUGUUUAUUUCUUUCUCUUAGAUCUCUUCUUUGAGCUUACUCUCACACAAGGGACUGUGUGAAGUAAGUUUGGGGGAGAGUCUACUAUCUCACAUUGUUUUUUGUUUUG